CCACACAACAGCCGAGCUUAAUUUUCCGGUUGUUGGCAAAACAAAAAACAUGGAUGAAUCAUGGAGGAUGCAAAUGGGGUUCAACGUGUCCAGGAGAAGAUCCACGGAAGAGAGCUUAUCCGAUCGGCUGGGGCGCAGCUACUCCGGUCUCGGUAGCUCUCAUUCUGACACCAUUAAUCCCGAGGAAUUCAACGACGUCUACGGAGGUCCUCCCAGAACUAUAUUCUCCCGCCAAUUUUCAGGAAGCUUCUCAAAUAGAUUAGACUCUUUCUACGUAGAGAUCUUCCAGCCGUCGGACUUAAGUGCUCCGGCCAACGGCGGUCGAAACUUGCCGGUUUUCAGGAUCCCAGCCUCUCGUUGCGGCUCUGGUAGGAUUAAUGGAGUUUACCGUCAAGGCGACGGUUUCUACAAUGAUAUUUUCGGACCCGACGAGGAUCGGAGGUCGAGACCGCGGUCGAAGUCGAAACCCAACUCAAAAUCAAACUCUUCCACCGUGCUGAGCCCGGAGGAUUUGAGUCCUCUUCGUCCUUCCAUUGCAGAAGAUAUCGUCUUCUCCUCCUUCACCUCGAAGCUCAGGCCAAUCAACGUUCGGUGUCAACAAAAUUCACCUUCAAGGAUGUAUGAAGAACAACAGAGGAAACAUGCUGGGGCGUCAGCUACUCCAAGCACUCACCUUUCAUACACAGAUUUCCAGUAUACCGAACAAGACUAUACUGAACCUUUAAAGAGCUCGCAUGUUGGGUUCUCGCGUCGAAAUUCAUCCCCUGAAACAAUUAUCAGCGUCGAACCCAAUUCAUAUCAGAGCAUCAAAAUAUCAGUGGAUGAUGUGGAGACGGAUUCUCCUUCUUCUGAAGUUUCUUCACUUUAUGGAGACGCAUAUGCUGAGGCCAGGAUGCAAGGCAAGGCAUUGCAGGAUGAAGAAGUGGAACAAGAAGAAGAUGAAGAAAUUAUGAGCUCUUAUGUUAUUGAAAUCAAUUCUGAUAAAAGGGAGGGGAGUAAUGAUUCGUUAGCCAUAGAUGAAGCAAUUGCAUGGGCAAAAGAGAAGUACUUUAGCCAAAGCUAUGAGGAUUCAGAAGGUGGAAAUCGGCAAAAAAACAUUAGACAGAAGGAGAAGGAACCAUCUGUAGAGAGAGGAAGAAGGAGUAAUUCACAUGAAAGUAUGGAUCAACAAACAAUGGAAGGACAUGGAAGAAUGCAGACGCAAUCACUUGUGGGAAAAGGAGACCCAUCUAAAUGGACAACAGCAGAAGAAAAUCAACAACUCCAAAAAGAUAUGGAGAUGGAGCAGUUGGAGGAAGAAGUAAGACUAUGGGCAGCAGGAAAGGAAGGAAACAUUCGGUUAUUGCUUUCAACACUGCAUCAUAUUCUAUGGCCCAACAGCGGGUGGCAAGCAAUCCCACUAAUAGAGUUGAUAGAAGCUUCACAAGUGAAGAAGGCCUACCAGAAAGUGAGGUUGUGUCUUCACCCAGACAAAUUGCAACAAAGGGGUAUCACAUUCCCACAGAAAUAUGUUGCAGAGAAGGCAUUCACCAUCCUCCAGGAUUCUUGGACAGCAUUCAUCUCCCAGGAUGUCUUAUUUGGCUAGGCAAGACUUAUGGGCGCUCUGUAUCUUCAUUUUUGUUGUCAAGAAUGAUCGAGAACUCAAACACAAGGGCAGAUGCUUGGAUUACAGCCUCUACAGCAAGCUGUCUCGAACAAUCGAUGAKCUAAAAGUCCAUUUAUCAACUCAAGUGCUUUGCAAUGUGCCUAGAGGUUUUGUGGGGAACCUACCUUCUCUUGUGUUGAUGUUUCAAUAAGAUGUGAUGAAAUGCCAAUGAAGAAGACAUCAAUGAAGAUGGAAGUGAGUUGUAAACCGCAGCAUGUUCAAAAUAUAUGCAUUAUUUUUGAAUUUUUCUUUCCUUGAGCGAUUGCUUGAUCUCCCAUUCUGCAAUACUUUGAAUGUCGCCUGUGAGAUAGCAUAAAUAAUCUGCUUCUAAGAGA